UGUUGGUCCAAACGCCGGAUCGUCUCUUCGGUGGCAUCAGUGCGUUAAUAUGAUGCGCAGCAGGCACGUCGUACUCGAGCAACGAGCACACUCGUCGCGAUCGAGGCCCGUUCCGAGCUUCGCGGCCUCAGCUGUGCGGGAUCGCUUGAAAAUUGCGUGAGUUUCGGUUUCAAUCUCGAACAGUGAAUUUAACGCGCGUAAUCGUGUGGAGAACGGCAUUGAGGUUGCACUAAAAAUCGAUCAGAUGUAUCUGACAAUGAAUAUAAAAAUGUAGACUCAAGAACAUUUCACGAAUGAGGCAAACUGAAACAGUAUCCCUCAAACGAAAAAUAUCGAGUCGGAAAUAUCGCGUCGAAAAAUCCGAGAAAACGACCGGUCGUUUCCACGAUAUGUAUGUACAAGAAUAUACACAUCUCGAUAACAUAUGAGAAGACAAGAUGGGUUCAACACGCGAGACGUGUGUAUGUGUGUGCCUGUAUGUGUGUGUGUGUAUGUGUGUGCGUGAGAACGCGUAAAAGCGUCGCCUGCAAACAUUAAGUACAUAUUCGUUUUAAAGAGUCUGUUCAGUCGAAAGUGCUCGGAUGCAUUCAAUGUAAGUCGAAGAAGAUGCAGUUUCGCGAUGCACUGUCGACUUAAGAGAAUGUCUGAUGAGGAGUGACAGUGCGAGGCGUGACGAAAUCAGUAAAAUUCCAAGCAAUUCUACAUAAUAGAAAACGGAGAUUUUUAAUGUGUAUUCAAAAUUGCAACGCGAUUAUGGCAUCCUUGUUCGUUGACAAUCUUUAUCGAGAAUUUUUGAUUUUAAGCAAUAAUUCUUUUUUAAUGUCACAUAAAUAGUUGUCACUUAUAAAGCGCUGAUGGUGUCAAAAUUAAAAGUCGCAUUGAUUAUCAAAAUUAACUAUCGCAUCAUUGCUACAAAUCCAAACAUUAUUGUAUUGAAAAAUUAAGAAAUUUGUAAAAAAAAUAUUAUUAAAACAAGAAGUGGGAGGAUAUUAAUAGUUAUUUUUAUGAUAAUCAAGUUUUUCUCGAAAGAGAUUAAUGAGAAGAUAAUUAUCGAAUGAGAAAGUUAAAUGGAAAGAACAUCGCGCUUGGAUCUAAGGAUAGACUCUCUGCGGAGAUGAUACACGAUCAUCGGAGAUAAAUCAAUCAGAAAAUUGUCGCAUCGACGAUUCGAGACAGGGACCGAUAAACUUGCGAGCCGAUUAGAUAAAAAUAUGGCCGCUUGUCAUCCAACACCUGCCAUGCAACGCAUGCAGUUGCAGGACUCAACUCGGAUCAGUUACAGCGCGGGUGCUUCGAAUCAGAAGACCCUUCAACAGUCGACCUAUCCGCCGCAUUUGCUCAAUUGGGUCUAUCUGGCCAUCGCCGAGCAAAAUCCAUCGCAGCCACCUGAUCAGAGCAAGCUACUUCCUACAAUCUGGAACAAUUUUCCUGGCGUGUCGCAGACUUAUCUGCAUCAAGGCUCGCUAAAUCCGUCCGGAUCCAUCAGGCCAAUGCGAGGCAGUGUGGCGGAGAAUAUUGCGGACUUAGCGGAACACUUUACGGAUUUAAGCUUAAACGACAAGAAACCGACCAAGAGGCCACCGUCGACAUACUUGUGUCACUUGUGUUUCAAGAAAGGUCACUAUAUCAAGGACUGCCCGCAGGCGCGACCUAAGGGCGAGGGCCUGACGCCUUAUCAGGGCAAGAAACGGUGCUUCGGCGAAUACAAGUGUCCGAAAUGCAAGCGCAAGUGGAUGUCGGGCAACAGCUGGGCCAAUAUGGGCCAAGAGUGCAUCAAGUGUCACAUAAACGUGUAUCCUCAUAAGCAGAGGCCGUUGGAAAAACCCGAUGGUCUGGAUGUAUCCGAUCAAAGCAAGGUCCAUCCUCAGCAUCUCUGCGAGAAGUGUAAAACAUUGGGCUAUUAUUGCAGACGCAGCGCAAUAAUAACCUAGUGACAACCAAUUUCCGUCCAAUUUAUUAAUUGUCCAAUCGCAUUAAGAAAGAGAGAAGAAAACGUUCUAUUGGAAUGUAUUAAUAAAAAAAAAAAAAACAAAUCUGAGAAAUCUAUCAUGUUCGAUAUACAUAUAUCGAUCGUAUUGACUCGGAUGCAAAUCUA